AUGCGGGGUAGCCCGAUCUCAGCCUCAAGCACACCAGAUGGCAUUCGAGAAGGCAGCGAGCGCCUUCUGGCACGCUUCGAUGCCGUCCGCGUUUCCAGUCGGGCCCAUUUCCUGUUCCUGACGGGCGAUGUCGCCAUAGCAUUGCCGUUAUGGGCCUCCUGGGCCCUUAAGAUGAGGUGUAUCCGCGCGGACAGGACCGCCCGGCUCUACCUGCUCUCCCGGCCGCGAUCCUGGCCUGGGCUUGUCAGAUGGACGCGGGUUGUCGAGCAGAGCAUCGCUGGGCGCGAACUGACGCCGCACGAUGCGGCAUUGCGCCGCCUGCAUCCCGUCCACCACUGCGACCGCUGCCACCACCGCGACGACAAACCACCGCAAACCGCCCUCACCACCGCGCACACAGCGACCACCACCUCACCGCAAUUGUGCUCGCCCCCGCCCGCCGCAUUCUGCCGCCGCUCCCUUCCUGCUGGAUUGCGCCCAGCUCUCACCACAGCCCGCGCCUGCUCGAAUCCUUUGGCCGUUCACUGGGUAAGUCUUAGCGCCAGGCCUGCUCCCCACGCACCCCCAGCAGCGCUUCCCCCAGCCGCUGCACUGCAAAUAUCUUCAGUCGUCGCCUCUCAGCUCCCAAUCGCCGGGUUCGUCACCCACGCCGACGCCGCUUCCAGAAGCCUGCAAGCGCUCCCCGCAGACCCAUUGGCCGCCGGUUUCCUCGAAACACCCACCAAAACAUCGCAUCGCGGCGGCACCAGCCAGAUCAGCCUUCCCGAGCCGCCGUCAGGUACCAGUCCUCUACCAUUUGAUAGAGGCAUUCGCGGCCUUUGCGCCGGCCCCCGACGACCUGUCACUGGCGGUGCUGUCAUCCGCCCUGCGCACUGGAUCCGCACAUCUCACCUGCAUUGCGCGGCGCCUGGAAGACGAGCCCUGUUUACCACCACCUCACAGCGGCCUUGGGCACCUCGCUAG